AGAAAACAGACGGUGCUAGAGCCUCAGUAAGGAUUGUUUUGGUUGAUUACCAAAAAGUUUUCGAUCAUGUAGACCACACCAUCGUCCUAUCUAAACUGAAAGCCCUCGAAAUCCCUGAUUCCACUGUUAGUUGGAUUGCAAAUUUCCUGAGUGACAGACAACAACGAACCAAAUUGGGACACGACUGUUUUUCGGAGUGGGGGAAUGUCCCAGCUGGUGUCCCUCAACGAACCAAGCUGGGUUCGUGGUUAUUUAUAUUGAUGAUAAACGAUCUAAAAGCACGUUGUUGAGACGAGGUAAAAUUCGUAGACGAUAUAUCGGUUUAUGAAACAGUAACCAGAUUUCGUUCAAGUGAUAUCCAACAUGCAGUGUCCGAAAUUGAAGAGUGGUCCGAGUAAAACCUUUUCAGGUUGAAUGAAAACAAAUGCAAAGAAUUGCGGACAGACUUUGUGAAAAAUAGAAAUCCCUUUCCCCCUAUUAAAAUUAAUGGUAAACCUUUACAAGUGGUGGAAGAAGCAAAAAAUUACUGCGUCUUACUAUCGCGAACAAUUUGAAGUGGAAUAGUCAUGUCAAUAACAUAGUGACAAAAAGUUCCAAAAGGAUUUACCUGCUGAAACGAGCAAAAGUCGCGAUUCAAAAUAUUUUACAAUUCUAUACCGUAUGUAUCCGCCCCAUUCUGGAAUACGCUUCCACUGUUUUCCACUACUCUUUACCUAAAUACUUGAGUGAUGAAAAUGAACGAGUACAAAAACGGGUUCUUCGAAUUGUAUAUCCGAACUUACAUUACCUUACAUUACGAAGAUGCAUUUAUGGAAGCUGGGAUGGAGUUAUUGUACGCUAGAAGGCAAAUUGCCUGCAAUAAACUUUUUAAUCAAAUUUUAAAUAACCCGAACCAUAAACUUCAUAAUUUAAUCCCUAAAAUAGAUACUUCAUUAAAUUACCAAUUACGAAUCAACAAGAAAAUACAUGUUCCGAAAUUCUGUACUGAACUUUUAAGAAUUCGUAUGUCGUCGCUAGUUGUUUAGACAUAAAUAAUCGUUAUUCAACAAAUUAGUGUUAGUUUUAAUAUUUAUAAUCUUCUUAGUAAGCCAUAUCAUAAGUUGUAAUUUCUUAAAUGUAAUAUAAUUUGUACUCAGUCUUAUUUAUAUUGUAAUCACUUACCAAUUCAGUAUUUGUACUGCAUAAAGUGAAUUAUUAAACAAUCUAUCUAUCUAUCUAUCUAUCUAUCUAUCUAUCUAUCUAUCUAUCUAUCUAUCUAUCUAUCUAUCUAUCUAUCUAUCUAUCUAUCUAUCUAUCUAUCUAUCUAUCUACAGGUCAUAUAGCGCAUUGUUUUUCUAAAAUGGAAAAGUCUAAUGACGUCAGCAAUUGACAUAUAAAACGCUAUAGAACACGAGCAAAGACGUGAGAUGGCGCGAGCAACUGCUCACGUCAGGACAUUUUGGAAGUUCUUUCAUUUUUUUAAUCAGUUUCCGCGACCUGCGCGUAAAAAUGGUCACCCGGUUUUGUUCGCGAUUCUUGAGCUGGGUUUUUGUGAUAACUAUAUCUAGCCACCAAAUGUUGUAAAGUCCGUAAUGUAAACAAACGCUUUCUUUACAUUUUGAACUGCUAUAUUUGUAAAAUAUCAUAUACAAACAGAAUAUCUAACAAUUUUCUGGUUCGCUAUGCUUGUAAAUGAAUAUAAACUCUACGUUUCAAUUCAAAAAAGUUCGAAAGAUUCAACAUUUGGGCAAUGUUUAUAUCUGCGGGUCCCCCUUUCUCAUGAGCAGAACUGAUGCGCAAAACAGACUUCACAGCAUCUUCACAAAGUCAUGCUAUGUGACGUUAUAGUAAGGAAUAAUUCUCAUAUCCAACAUUAUUAAAUAUCAAAGUAAGCUAAAGUCAGAAAGUUCGUCAAGUUUUUUGUGUUCUCAUUUUGAAUUUUAUCUUCCAUGUAAUAAAACAUGCUGUGAAAUAUCGUUGCAAGCACUUUAAAAAGAGGUGUUGUCAGUGUCCAAUUUCUAUAUAGGUCGUAUAUAUAUAACAUGCUGUGAAAUAUCGUUGCAAGCACUUUAAAAAGAGGUGUUGUCAGUGUCCAAUUUCUAUAUAGGUC